AUGGACGGCUUUGUUAACCCGUCGACGGGACCACACCACGAGGCCGCGGGUACUAACAUGGUCGCCUCCCCGACUCACUCGCUCUCCUCGGAGGCCGGCAGGCCCUCGCUAGCCAACAUCAGCGCCGAUAUCAGAGCCCUGACUGCAGCAAUGGUGACCAAGGAAGACCUCAGGGCCCUCUCUGAGAACCUACACUCAGCGAUCCGUGCGGAAGUCACCGAGAUGAAGGCAGACAUUACAACACACUCUGGCAGGAUACAGGUGGUUGGAUCAUCCUCCCAGGCCCUGACAGCACAAGUGGAAGCUGCAAAUCUCGCCAUUGCCAGGCAAGGUAACAUGCUACUUGCUAUAAGACGCCAAACUGAGGACCUGGACAAUAGGGGACAUAGGUCCAAUAUAAGAGUGCGGGGCCUACCAGAGCCAGAUGGGGAAGAGAAUGUGGAAGCCACACUGCUAGCACUGUUCCAGGAAAUAUUGGGGGCUGAGGCACCGAUGACCAUAGAAUUCGAUCAGAGCACACAGGGUCAAUAG